UCGGAGACAACCAAAUCGGGAAAGAUGCAAGGUUAUGUAUGGGCGGGAAGGUGAGGAGAAGAAACGGCAGCGGCACAUGCGGUAGUAUAGCAGCAGAUCCCCUAGCUUUUCCGUCCCUGAACCCCUUGGAUUCCUUCUCAAAGGUGCCUCCUUUCUCGGGUUCUGUAUAUCGGUUUGGUUUUUACUUUGUACGUGAUGAUUUAGGGGGAAAAAAAAAAAAGAGUUGAUGAUUUCUAUGUGUUAGUUGAAUAUUUUGUGAAACAUAUUGAAUUGUUGUUUGUCAUGUGUUUGUUGAAUAUUUUGGAAAAUUUUUUGAAUUGAUGUUUGUUAUUUGUUUUCUCGUUGGAAAUAUGGUCCUCGUUCUGGAAUUGGUUCUGGUGCAUCAUCCUUAAAUUACUGAGUCAUGUAUUUUGUGGUGAGUGACGCUGAGUGAAACUUUGCAUACUCCGGAGUUAGCGGUCUUCCCUUGAAGAAGUGCUGGGGAUUUGUAUGGUUUUAUGCAGUUCUCUAUUGAACUUAGGUGGGUUCGUUUUUAGUCAAUGACGAAUUUCUCAAAGAUGUAAGCUCUGACAGAGUGUUGUGCUGGGUCUCUUGAUUCCUUCAUAUUUGAGAUCAUUUAUGGGUGGUAAAUCCAAUUCCAAUUAGAAAGCUCUUAAAUGAGUAAACAAGCAACGAAGUCUAAGCAAUAACAAACUAUCUCUGUAGACAAAAAGGAUUUAAUGUUAUUAUGAGGAGGGAACAAGUUUUGUGUUUUUGGCUCUGGAUAUGAAAGAGAUUUUUGUUAUGCUUGAAUUAUGCAUGGAACAUCUACGUUCUUGUUUUGUAUGCCACUUGUGGAUUUUAUGUUGAUUUUGUUUCAUCUUUUAGGUUUUAACAUAGAUAUGUCCAAUCCACUGGUUAAAUUGUUCUCUUUUGGACAUGUCCAUUGUAGUUGCAUUGCAUCUCUGGAGCAUUGAAUCUUUCAACUGGACGUUUGAGUUUCCAGCAAGCACAUUCUCUUUGAAAGUUUGCAGAGAUCAAAUGAUGUUAUGAUUCACAUCAUACCAAGCUGGCUUUACAUUUGUUCUCAAAUUCCAAUAAAUUAUCCCUUUUUUUUAAUGUCUGAUGAAUUUCAACAUUAUGAUACAAAGGUAUUUUAAGCUGUGUGUUAACUGGCUUUACCGACCUGCUGACAUUAAGCUUGCAAAAGACAUUUUGUUUGAUAAUUCCCCAAAUGAAGUUCUCUACUCUUUUCACAAAGAUGUCAUACCUGCUGCUUCUUUACUUCAUCCAUGUAAAGUUGCAUUUUUAGAGAAGGGUAUUGAACUUCCAUCAUGGAUUUCAUCAUUUGUGUGUAGAAGAGUAUAUGACAUUGCUAACAAACACUUGUGGUGGUUAACUGAUCAGGAGUAUAUCAAUAAACAUCAGGAAGAAGUAGAUAAGCUUUUAAACAAAACACGGCUAGAAAUGCAUGCGGCAGUGCAGUCGGGAUUGCAAAAAUCUCAGAGUACUUCUGCAAGCACACUACAGUUAAAAUCUGGUUCAGAUAGAGUACAAAAUAGUGACACCUCCUUCCCAUCUCAGGCUAAGGAAAAGAAGAGGUUGGGUGAUCAGGGUGAAGAGCUGGUCAAGGGAGAUCAAGUCACAGGGGCAGUCGAGCGAGAUCAGGGAACGGAAUUGAUCAAUCAACAGCAUCCUGCUAAACUUGAUGAUGGUGAUUACGUUAACUUUGAGUUUGACAACAUGAAGGCUGAAAUUGCAAAAAUUACAGAAAAAGGUGGUCUUAUAAGCUAUGAAGGGGUUGAGAAGUUGGUGAAUCUUAUGCAGCGUGGUAGAACUAAGAAAAAAAUAGAUUUGGCUGGUCGAAUAAUGCUUGCAGAUGUCAUUGCAGCUACUGAUAAAUAUGAUUGCCUUGAUAAGUUUGUGCAACUUAUGGGAGUGACUGUCUUGGAUGACUGGCUCCAGGAGGUGCAUAAAGGAAAGCCCAGUGAUGGUAGAACGCACAUAGACAGUGACAAAGUAGUUGAGGAUUUUCUCUUAUCUUUGCUUCGGGCACUUGAUAAGCUGCCUGUAAACCUAAGUGCUCUGCAGACUUGCAACAUUGGCAAGUCAGUGAAUAAUUUGCGCACUCAUAAAAACCUGGAGAUCCAGAAGAAAGCUAGGAGCCUUGUUGAUACUUGGAAGAAACGGGUCAAUGCAGAAAUAUCAAAAACUAAUGAUGCAAAAUCUGUUGGAUCUGGCCGAUCUGUUUCAUGUUCAGUCAAACCAUGUUCUUAUGAUGUCAGUCAUUCAGGAAAUAAAAGAUCUGGAUCAACUAAUGUGGCUGCCAAAAUGCACAGCACUCAGCCAUCAGCAUGUAGAGCUCUGUCUAAUAAGUAUGGAGCCCCAGAUUCUACUAAAAAGGAAACUUUUCCAGCAUCUAUCGUGGUUAGUUUGAAGGACCCACAUUGCAAAACAGUUGAGGACAAGAGCAGUGAUUCCAGUCAGUCUCAGAACAAUAGUGAUCAAGCAAAAACAAUGGCUUCUUCAUCGAAGGAAGAGGCAAGGAGCUCAACAGCUGGUUCAACAACUACUAGCAAGCUAUCUGGUGAUUCAUAUCACCACCGAAGAUCAAGCAAUGGACUUUUAGGAACAAGUAUAGCUGCUUGUCAGAGGGAAAAUCAUUCGGGUAGGUCUGGUUCUGUCAACAGGGUUAUGACUUUGGAAAAAGCAUCACAAUGUGGACAGACAUCUGAAAGGCCAACCGAUGUGCCUGUUGAUGAUCAUGGAAAUACAAACAGUCUAAUCGUUCGGCUUCCUAAUCAUGGUCGAAGCCAUCGACAUAGUGCCAGUGGUGACUCUUUUGAGGACCCUUUGGUUAUGAGCAGCAGAUCAUCAUCUCCUGGUAUUCCUGACAAACAGCACCAUAACAAUCAUAAAAGACAGAAGAAUGAUGUUUCUCAGUCUCACGUUGCCACAGAUGCCAAUACAGAGCCAUUGCAGUGCAACGAUGUUAAAGAAGAUGCAGGAGCUGAAGGUGUGAUAUCACCAACAGAUAUUCUUGAUGAAGAGCAUGGAAAGUUUGUUGAUGGAAGUGGGAAGGUUGCAGAUAUGAUUAUAACUGCUUGUUUAUCAUCUGGAAAUGAAAAUGUAGUUUCCUUGACCAGACCAAGGAGAAGAAAUUCUUGUAGUUCUAUUCAUGCCUUGAUAGAAAGCUGUGCCAAACACUCUGAAGCUAGCACUCCUUUGGCUGUCAGGGAUGACAUGGGAAUGAAUUUACCGGCUACUGUGGCAGCAGGGGAAAUAUCCAAGUCUGACUUGAUUUCUUCCACUGAUUCACUCGGAACAUCACCUGUAGCAGAGGACCCAUCUAAUGGUAAUGGUGAGUCCAAGUUGGGGCUAUCAUGUGAUGAUAAUAUGGUUAAGAGGAAUAUCCAAUAUGAUGAAGCUGCUGAUCCCAACUCUGAGAAGCAAGGGAAGAGCGUUGGAUCUGUAUUAGCUAUGGAACCAUUGCAACAGGAAAAUACCAACUUUACAAGUAACAGCAGUAAUGCUAUCCAGUUGCAGGAUAAUAAAUUAACCAACGAUCCAAUGACACAAUCUACUGUCUCGUGCAUGAGUUCUCAUAAAAUUGUAGACUCUUGCAUGAAAGUAGAGGUAAAUAUUGGGGAAGAAAGAAUUCAUAAAUGUAUUUCAUCAUCUAAACCAGCAGAAGUGGAGUGUGAUGCCGAUGGUGCCUUUCCGCUCAAGGACAAGCGAAUGACUGGUGGGCAGGUAUCAGAUAUUUAUACAGAUGGCAAACCCAACUCUACAAGCUCAUCUAUGGAUGAGAACAAAUUCCUUGAAUGUGAAUGUGAAAAGAUCGGAGAUGGCAGUAUAUGCACCUCUGAUGUCAAAAUAAGUUAUAGAUGUGACCUGGACAUUGCUGCUUCAGGUAGAAAUUUAGAGAAGCUGCAUGUUGAGAAGAAAACAUCAAGUGUUGUAGUGAAAGAAGUGUUUGGUGGUACUAACUCAAUUGAUCAGCAGCAAGCUCUAGCAUCGGAUGCUGUAGAUGGAAGUGUUAAUGUUGUUGUCUUGUUGGCUACUGAUAAUGUUCCAUCUCCUAAAGCUGCUGAUGAGUCUAGGAAUAGGAAGUCUGGUAACUCAGGAAUCAAUCACUUAGAGUCGGGGCAUGAAGCAAACGAGCCGAACAGUAUUCCUGUUUCUAGCAUUGUGGAACCAGUAGGUUCAACUGUUGUCUCCCUUGUCACUGCUCAGAUUGUUGGCAGUCUAAAAGAGGCUCAUGAGAACUGUCCAUUAGGAUCAGCAAGUCAAGAACCACCAUCUACUCUUGGAACCGAAGACACCGAGAAUUCUGCAAAGUCUAUCAGCUCUAAGAUAUCUGCAUUUGAUUCAGAUGGAAGGAAGGCACUUGCAUCAUCUACAGAACCCUGCUCAUUGAUUGCUUCUGCUGAGCCUGAUGUUGCCAGUAAGCUUGAAUUUGAUUUGAAUGAAGGCCUUCCUGCAGAUGAUGAGAACGAUGGCCAACCAGCUGUCUCAGCUGCUGCUGCAUCUUCAUCCACAAUUCACUUGUCCAACCUAUCUUCCUGUGCAAAUUUCAUUUCAAAUUGUUCGCCUACUUCAAUAACGGUAAGUGCACCUGCAAAAGGACCAUUUGUUCCACCUGAAAGCUUAUUGAAGACUAAAGGUGAGCCUGGAUGGAAAGGCACAGCAGCCACUAGUGCAUUUCGGCCAGCAGAACCACGAAAGACUUUGGAGAUGACACCCAAUGAUUCUGAUGUGUCAUCAUUUUAUGGUGCUGGGAAACAGGGCCAACCUCCACUAGGCAUUGAUCUGAAUAUAGCUGAUGAGAGAGUGACUGAAGACAUGGCCUCUCAGAGCUCAGUUCAGACUGCAGUCCCUGUGUUGGGAACUGUUACUGAUGAUGCACCUACACGAACUGUCAUGGGAGUUUAUCUUGAUUUGAACUUAGUUGAUGACAGUAUGGAAUCUGGGCAGUUCUUGGCCAGCACCAGCUGCAGAUUAGAGAUGCCGCUUUUGCCUGUCCGACCUGCAUCCGAAGCAAAUAUGCUAAGGAACUUCGAUCUGAAUGAUAGACCAAGCCCCAAUGAAGUUGGUAUAGAACCUGUACAAAGGAACCAACAAGCGAACAGCGCUCGUGAUGUGCCAUUUUUGGCUCCAGUUACAGAUCAUAGAACAAGUAAUUCUGCAUCAUCUUGGUUCCAUCCAAACUCUUAUCCGGCUGUUGCUGUACCAUAUUUCUUGUAUGAUAGACAAGAGCAAUCUAAUCAAAUAGUUGGAACUCUAGGGUCCCAGAGGAUUUUGGGGUCAGUAAUCGGUGGUGGCAACCUUGGUAAUGAUAGUUAUAGGGGACCUGUCCUUUCAUCAUCUCCGGCCAUGGCAUAUUCUCCUGCGGCAGCAUUUUCCUAUGGAAGCUUUCCCCUUGCUUCCAGUUUUCCAACUGCCUCAACCUCUUUCCCGGAUACUUCAACACAAUAUGUUGAAAUGUCAUCUGGAGGUGGUUCAUGCUUCCCUACUUUUCCUUCGAUGCUGCUUGGACCUUCCGGUGCUACUUCAUCUCAUUAUCCAAGGCCUUAUCUGAUAAGCUUUCCAGAAGGUAGUACUGCUAGUGUCUCUGACAACAGUUUGAUACGGAGCAGCCAAGUACUUGAUCUUAAUACAGGUUCAGGAAGUGAAAAAAUGGAAGGAAAAGGUGAGAGGUUAGCUUCAGCAUCAAAGCAACUUUUGGCUGCCACUUCGCAGGCUUUUAUGGAGGAACAGACAAGAAUGUAUGGAUUGCCAGGUGUAGGUUCAAAGAGGAAAGAGCCUGAAGGGAGUUGGGAUGGCGACAGAUCUGCUAAGCACUUGCGGAAAUGAGUGAUGUUCCAUAUUAGAUAUAGUGUCAAGAGUCUGGUGAGCUACCAGUCAAUAGGAAAAUUAUAGUGUUCGUGAUAAAUAUUAGCUUAUUAUGCUUCAACGUGCAGGCACAAGCUUGUGUGAAAUUUCUUUCCUGCUUUGCUUUUUCUUUAAAUUAUACACACACAAAAGUUCACAUACAUCCUAGUGUCUGCCUCCAGGAUGUUGUGGAAGACAUUAAAAAAAAGGAACCAAACAUUUGCUGCAGUUCCAUGUAAAUUUUUAGAUAUGAUUCACUCCUUGAGAUAUUUUCA